CAGUUGCCGGGUAACGGAGCGGAGCGGCUCCCGGCGCGCCGUCUCCCGCCCUCCGCGGAGUGGCGCUGGGGCCGCCGCCGCCGCUUUACGUAAGGCGCAGGCCAGGGCCGCCCGGCGCUCGGCAGCCGCCCGCAGCCCCUCGGAGCCAGAGGAGAGGCGCCCCCGCCGGCCGCCGCGCCGCCCGGCAGCCUCGGCAGGUUCUGCCGGAGACUUCCAUUUGGCCUCAAUGUGAAAUUAAAGUAGAAAAUCACAUCUACAUAUAUGUUGCUAUCAGGAUGUUGAUUCAUUAGUCAUGCCUGAAGAGGGAAAGUCUGUUUUAGGUGGCUGACUACCAGCAAAAAUAAAUGCUUAUCCUACAUGUCAAGCAUCUCUCCUUUUUACUGGAGUGAAAAUCCCCUCCAGAUACCAACAGAAUAUCAACUGCAGAAAAUGCUUCACAUUUUAAGGAUGUCGGCAACCUAAAUUCAUGUACCCUAUCUGUACAGUUGUUGUGGAUGGUUUGCCAUCUGAAAGCUCCUCAAGUUCUUAUCCAGGCCCUGUGUCUGUUUCUGAAAUGUCUCUGCUUCAUGCUUUGGGUCCAGUGCAGACCUGGCUGGGACAAGAGCUCGAGAAAUGUGGCAUUGAUGCCAUGAUUUACACUCGGUAUGUCCUCAGUCUUCUGCUGCAUGACAGCUAUGACUACGACCUGCAGGAACAGGAGAAUGACAUCUUCCUGGGCUGGGAAAAAGGAGCUUAUAAGAAAUGGGGAAAGAGUAAGAAAAAAUGUUCAGAUCUAACUCUAGAAGAAAUGAAAAAACAGGCUGCUGUCCAGUGUCUUCGAUCUGCUUCUGAUGAAAGCUCUGGUAUCGAGACUUUAGUGGAGGAGCUCUGCUCCAGACUGAAAGACCUUCAGAGUAAGCAAGAAGAGAAGAUUCACAAAAAGUUAGAGGGGUCUCCCUCUCCAGAGGCAGAAUUAUCCCCUCCAGCAAAGGAUCAAGUGGAAAUGUACUAUGAAGCAUUUCCACCACUUUCUGAGAAACCAGUUUGCCUGCAAGAAAUCAUGACUGUGUGGAACAAGUCUAAAGUCUGUUCUUACUCUAGCUCUUCUUCAUCAUCCACAGCCCCACCAGCUAGCACAGAUACUUCCUCUCCUAAGGACUGCAACAGUGAAAGUGAAGUCACCAAGGAAAGAAGCAGUGAAGUACCCACCACUGUGCAUGAGAAAACCCAGAGCAAAAGCAAAAACGAGAAGGAAAACAAAUUUAGUAAUGGCACAAUUGAAGAAAAGCCUGCUUUGUACAAAAAGCAAAUCCGACAUAAACCUGAAGGAAAGAUUCGCCCUCGCUCAUGGUCUUCUGGCUCCAGUGAAGCAGGCUCAAGUUCCAGUGGGAAUCAGGGAGAAUUAAAAGCAUCCAUGAAGUAUGUUAAAGUAAGACACAAGGCACGAGAGAUUCGAAACAAAAAAGGGCGGAAUGGGCAAAGCAGGCUUUCUUUGAAGCAUGGUGAGAAGGCUGAAAGAAACAUUCAUACUGGAAGUAGUAGCAGUAGCAGCAGUGGUUCUGUCAAACAGCUGUGCAAGCGGGGUAAGAGACCUUUAAAAGAAAUCGGGAGAAAAGAUCCUGGGAGCACUGAAGGAAGAGACCGGUACAUGGAGAACAGAAAUGACACAGAGUAUAAAGAGGAGCCCUUGUGGUACACCGAGCCAAUUGCUGAAUAUUUUGUUCCUCUGAGCAGAAAAAGUAAACUAGAGACCACAUACCGAAACAGACAAGAUACAAGUGAUCUGACAUCAGAGGCAGUGGAAGAAUUGUCUGAAUCAGUGCAUGGUCUUUGUAUCAGCAACAAUAAUCUUCAUAAAACAUACCUCGCAGCAGGUACUUUCAUUGAUGGUCAUUUUGUAGAAAUGCCUGCAGUUAUAAAUGAGGAUAUUGACCUCACUGGGACCUCAUUAUGUUCUCUACCAGAGGACAAUAAAUACCUAGAUGAUAUUCAUCUGUCAGAAUUAACGCACUUCUAUGAAGUGGAUAUUGAUCAAUCCAUGUUGGAUCCUGGUGCCUCAGAAACAAUGCAAGGAGAAAGUCGGAUUUUGAAUAUGAUUCGACAAAAAAGCAAAGAGAACACAGAUUUUGAGGCAGAAUGUUGCAUAGUGUUAGAUGGUAUGGAGUUGCAAGGGGAACGUGCAAUAUGGACAGAUUCUACCAGCUCCGUAGGUGCUGAGGGCUUAUUCCUGCAGGACCUUGGCAAUCUGGCUCAGUUUUGGGAGUGCUGUUCAUCCAGCUCCGGUGAUGCUGAUGGGGAGAGUUUUGGAGGAGACUCUCCAGUUAGACUGUCUCCCAUCUUAGACAGCACAGUGCUCAAUUCACACCUGCUUGCUGGCAAUCAAGAGCUCUUUUCAGAUAUUAAUGAAGGAUCUGGUAUAAACUCUUGUUUUUCAGUGUUUGAAGUGCAAUGCAGUAAUUCUGUUUUACCAUUUUCUUUUGAAACACUCAACUUGGGAAAUGAAAAUACAGAUUCUAGUGCUAAUAUGCUUGGGAAAACACAGUCUAGAUUGCUAAUAUGGACCAAAAAUAGUGCCUUUGAAGAAAAUGAACACUGUUCUAAUCUUUCAACAAGAACUUGUAGUCCGUGGUCCCAUUCAGAAGAAACACGUUCAGACAAUGAAACAUUAAAUAUUCAGUUUGAAGAAUCCACACAGUUUAAUGCCGAAGAUAUUAAUUAUGUAGUUCCUAGAGUCUCGUCAAAUUAUGUAGAUGAAGAACUUCUAGAUUUUUUGCAAGAUGAAACUUGCCAGCAAAACAGUAGAACUUUAGGUGAGAUUCCUACAUUAGUUUUCAAAAAAACAUCUAAACUAGAAUCCGUCUGUGGUAUUCAGCUAGAACAAAAAACAGAAAACAAAAAUUUUGAAACUACACAAGUAUGUAAUGAAAGUCCACAUGGAGAUGGCUACAGCUCAGGGGUUAUUAAAGACAUUUGGACAAAGAUGGCAGACACAAAUUCUGUGGCUACAGUAGAAAUAGAAAGAACUGAUGCUGAGUUGUUUUCGGCAGAUGUAAAUAACUACUGCUGCUGUCUAGAUGCUGAAGCUGAACUGGAGACCCUUCAGGAGCCUGAUAAGGCUGUGCGGAGGUCAGAGUACCAUCUGUGGGAGGGACAGAAAGAGAGCCUGGAGAAAAGAGCAUUUGCUUCUAGUGAGCUAUCAAACGUGGAUGGUGGUGAUUAUACAACACCCUCUAAACCCUGGGAUGUAGCCCAAGAUAAAGAAAACACAUUCAUUCUUGGAGGAGUUUAUGGAGAACUCAAAACCUUCAAUAGUGAUGGGGAAUGGGCAGUCGUACCACCUAGUCACACAAAAGGAAGUCUGUUACAGUGUGCAGCUUCUGAUGUUGUGACGAUAGCUGGUACAGAUGUCUUUAUGACCCCAGGAAACAGUUUUGCUCCUGGGCACAGGCAGUUAUGGAAACCCUUCGUGUCAUUUGAACAGAAUGAUCAGCCGAAGAGUGGGGAAAAUGGGUUAAAUAAGGGAUUUUCUUUUAUCUUCCAUGAAGACUUACUAGGAGCUUGUGGCAACUUUCAAGUCGAAGAUCCUGGACUUGAAUACUCAUUUUCUUCCUUUGACUUAAGCAAUCCAUUUUCACAAGUUCUUCAUGUAGAAUGCUCAUUUGAACCUGAAGGGAUUGCAUCUUUCAGCCCCAGUUUUAAACCGAAAUCAAUCCUCUGUUCUGAUUCAGACAGUGAAGUGUUUCACCCCAGGAUAUGUGGUGUUGACAGAACACAAUACAGGGCUAUUCGGAUCUCUCCUAGGACUCACUUUCGCCCAAUUUCUGCAUCCGAACUGUCCCCAGGAGGAGGAAGCGAGUCAGAAUUUGAAUCUGAGAAAGAUGAAACAAAUAUUCCCAUUCCUUCUCAAGUUGAUAUAUUUGAAGAUCCGCAGGCAGAUCUCAAACCCCUGGAAGAAGAUGCAGAGAAAGAAGGCCAUUACUAUGGAAAAUCAGAGCUUGAGUCUGGAAAAUUCCUUCCCAGGUUAAAAAAAUCUGGGAUGGAAAAGAGUGCUCAGACAUCACUGGAUUCCCAGGAGGAAUCAACUGGGAUUCUGUCAGUAGGAAAGCAAAAUCAGUGUUUGGAAUGUAGCAUGAAUGAAUCCCUGGAAAUAGAUUUAGAAAGCUCAGAAGCAAAUUGUAAAAUAAUGGCACAAUGCGAGGAAGAAAUUAAUAAUUUUUGUGGUUGCAAAGCAGGUUGUCAGUUUCCUGCUUAUGAAGAUAAUCCAGUUUCUUCGGGACAGCUGGAAGAGAUUGGGAAGAAAGAAAAAGAGGAAAGAAGCAAGAUUCUACAUCAUACCACUACCAUAUUCCUUCGCUUUCUAUUCCCUGUAUUGAACACUGAUAUGCAAGGAAUGAAUAGAAGUCAAGAAAAACAGACCUGGUGGGAAAAAGCCUUGUACUCUCCUCUUUUUCCUGCGUCAGAGUGUGAAGAAUGUUACACAAAUGCCAAGGGAGAGAGUGGUUUAGAAGAAUAUCCAGAUGCUAAAGAGACACCCAGUAAUGAAGAGCGCCUGUUAGAUUUUAAUAGGGUGUCUUCUGUUUAUGAAGCAAGAUGUACAGGAGAGAGAGAUUCUGGAGCAACGUCAGAUGGCUUCCGCAGAAAGAUGUGCUCCAGCGCCAGCUCCACCUCGGAAGAGACAGGCUCAGAAGGCGGAGGCGAGUGGGUGGGCCCUAGUGAAGAGGAGCUGUUUUCUCGAACUCAUCUCUAAACCUGCAAAAUAGUACAAAUUAUUGUUUAAAAAUGAUAUGUGAUGGAAAAUUACUCUUCAGUGAGACCUGUUAAUCUAAAACAACAACUUAGGUUUCCUCUUCAAUUAACUGAUUCAGAUUGGUAAUAAUUAUCUUUCUCUUCUUGCUUAUUUUAGAGUUGAGGACAGCUAUCCUGUUAAAGAUUUUUUUUUCCCAGCUGUUAAAUUCUUGGCUAUUUGAAAUAGACUAGAUUGUGUUGUCAAAUCAAGAAUGGGUGUGCAUGUGCUUGUCUUAGAAGUAUCACUGCUUUUUGCAUCUUAACUGCAGUUAAUUUUCCUUCUAACUGCGGUUAUAUCACUAUGACCUUAUUAGCAUUGCAGUGUCAACAACCACUUCUGCUCUUCAGAGACUUCAGCUUUGGAGCAUUUAGGCUUUGUUCUCCGAGAACUGGGAUAUCCAUUCUUACCCUACAGUGGCUUGAUGCCUUUCUGAAGGCGAGAGGGAAGCCUGGGUGACUCAGCGGUGGCCUCCAUUCAGCAGAAUCUCAUGUACAUUUGAAGUAGGAACCACAAAGGUGUGCUUUUCAAGACUCACACAAUACUGUGUUUUCUAUCUUAGGAUUUCUUUUCCCCUAAAGUAUCAUGGAAGAUACUAUGGUUUGUGACUUUCUUGCUAACUGAAGAAGCCAAGGAUUUGGGGUGUGGGGUCAUAUGCGAGACACAGUGCAGUAAGGGUGCAUACCCUACCCCUUACCUGUUCUCAUACUGCAGUUACAUUUACACCAAAACCCCAUGCAGGGUUAUUUGUGGUGAGUGUUACCUGUGUGGUAAGGACCUUAGUUGCAGAUUGUUAUUUUCUGGUUACCUGUGUUGAAUUGAAACCCCCAAAACCUGAAAUUGUGAACAUUUGACAUGCAGUAAAGGCCACCUCAUCACCCAGAGAAAUCUUUGGCUGCUGCAGCUAGCCGCUCCUUGGCUGUGAUGUAGUAUAGCUUCGAUCUCAUUUUGUGUUUGAGAGAAUGUUCUGGGCAAGUUCUGUGUGUGGUGGGUUGGGGCGGGUAGAGUCAUGAGUUUUCCACAUCCCUGUGUGGUGGUUUUGCUGACUGUCGCUCCAUGGGACUGGCUCCCAGUUCUCCUUGGUGAGCCCGGGGAGCCGGCGCAUCUUGUGAGUCGCGUCUGUGCAUGGCGAUCCGCUCCUCUGGCUCUCAUGGCAUUGUGCCACAGGCUGAAGCCAGGAGGAGCAGUAUGUGCACAACCUAAACAUUUUACAUUGUUUUUCUUUUUUAACCAACUCAUUGUUUAAAAAACAAAAACAAAAAAAAAACCUAAUCUGUGAAAUCAGCGUAGCAUGUCUGGAACAUCAGGAAUGGCAGAAAAGUCUGAUAGGUCUAGACAGCUUCACCACUAAUUUUGGCAGGCAGUAAACACACAUAUAAUUUAUUAGCUGGGAGCUGAACUGGCUGUGAAAUCUAUGAUUUGCUUUGAACAUUUGGGUUUUGUUGCCUUUUUCUUAAUUGAUAACACAGAAAAGAAAGUACCAUCAAAGAUGGUGGAGGCAUUGAGGGUCUGUGUGUCCUCACCAAGAGGGACCUGGUGUGCCCGCCGGGUUGAUCUUCCCACAUGUUAGGGUUUAUUUUUAUACAACACAUCUUUUGACACUUUAAGGUGGGUUUGUGUGUGUGUGUGUGUGUGUGCGUGUGCGCAUGUGUAAGAUUUUAUGUUGCUGUUAUUUAUUUACGAACUUCAGAUACGUUUUUAUGUAUUUUUCAUUCUUCUGGAGCUUCCUAAAAAUUGAUACGCAUCUGCACUGAAAUAUAAUUUAACAGCAAAAGUAAAAAAGGAUUGAAAGUUGUAAAUUCCUCAUAUACUACAGUGACGAUUAUUCUAGAAAUCGUUGCUUGUGUAGCAAAGACCAAAUAAAUAGAUUUCAGACACAACCUUGAGCACAGUUGAUUUUGGACAGCUGCUGUUUAUUAGGAAAGGGCUCCAGGUGGCAAAGGUGCACACUUCCUCAGACACAGGUGAGAAGAUGCAGCACCUUCCACAGGUGAAUGGGACGGAUUCGAAGUGAGCAAAGGGAUUCACCAAUUAUGUAUUUAUUUGUUUUCAUAGUUAAGUAGCUGAAGCUCAGAGGCUUUCAGCAACAGAGAUGAAAGUGUGGCUUUUUAGUUUUGUGAAUGGAUGAUCACAAAGAAAAAGCAUUUUUAAAAAGUUGGCAAACGCUGAAACGCACUGUGGUAUGAAGCGCAUUGCAUUUCCAUAGCACUGAAGUACCAGUUUCCAUUCCUGGGCUGAGAUUGUUUUUCCCGUGGUUGUAUUGUUCUGAUUUCACGUACACCAGAGUAACUGAUUUUUUUUGUUUUCUUGUGGAGUUAACACCAAAUAAAAAUUGUAAAAAACA